GUGAGACUCUCAGCACGCACCGCGCGCUUUUCUAUCUGGAAACUUACGACAAAAGGAUUCGUUAUAAACUCCAUUACCUUCAUGUCGGCUCUGCUGAAUAUUUCCUCACCGAUGCUAUGGUUACCUUUAUUACGAUCUUACAGGUGAAUCUAGUGAUGUCCAUCUUGCUGUACGUGAUGUUCCUCGCGUACCUUUAUGGUAUCUCCGCCUCUACAAUGGACAAGCAGCGGCCCAUGCAGGAUCCCAUCAGUGCGCUCAUCAUAAAGCUCCUGCAGGCUGAUAUCAGCCGCCAGAAACAGGGCGACGUCAUUCCCUCCUCCACCUUAAAUGUGUCCACAGUCGCAGACUACAAGGAAAAAGACAACAAUACCCCCAUGGUGGACAGUUCGGAGGAGCUGCUACGCCAGUACAAGCGCUACAACUCUCCACGUGUCCUCUUAAGCGACCGACCUCCAAUGCAACCACCGGCUUUCUACCUCAUGGAUAAAUUCAUCAGCGGUCAGGACUCCAACAAGACGCGGCAGAAACGCUUUGCCGAGCACAAGAGCUACAGAGGAGAGUUUUCAGUGUGCGACAGCGAGAGCAAUUGGGUUACAAACAGGACCUCAGCGGUGGAUUCUCGUGGAAAUCAUGUCACCGUUUUGAAUUCCUUCACUGUAAAACAGAAAUACACGCAGUACUUUUAUGAGACCAAGUGUAAAACUCCUCACUCCCACCGCAAGAGCCGAUGUUUAGGUAUUGAUGAGAAGCACUGGAAUUCGCAGUGCAAAACCACGCAGACUUACGUACGAGCGCUUACUCAGCACAAAUCGCUGGUUUCUUGGAAUUGGAUACGGAUAGACACGGCAUGCGUCUGCGCGCUCUCAAAGAAACAUAGAAGGACGUGAAAAAUGGUGGAAAAAACACUUUCAAUUCUCCAUUGUCUUGCUAGUGUUUCCUGGGGGCUGUACAUAUAUAAAUUAUUAUUUAAGUUAUAUAGAAUGCAUAUAGUUUAUACAUGUCUAUGUAUAAUGUAUAAAGAUACUUGUUAUUUAUUUAAAAGUUAUAAAAUCUUUGGAAAAAAAA